AUGACUUUACUUCCAAGCAUUUUUUCCAUCUUAAUAACGACAGAAUUUAUUCUGGGAAAUUUUGCCAAUGGCUUCAUAGCACUGGUGAACUGCAUUGACUGGGUCAAGAGACGAAAGAUGUCCUCAGCUGAUCAAAUGCUCACGGCUCUGGCAGUCUCCAGAAUUGGGUUGCUCUGGGUAAUAUUAAUAAAUUGGUAUACCAAUGUGCUCCAUCCAGUUUUAUACAGUUUAGAAGUAAGAAUUAGUCUUCGUAUUGCUUGGAUAGUAAGCAACCAUUUUAGCUUCUGGCUUGGUACUAGCCUCAGCAUAUUUUACUUGGUCAAGAUCGCUAAUUUCUCUAGCCCUAUAUUUCUUUACCUAAAGCGGAGAGUUAAAAGGGUAUUUCUUGUAAUACUGUUGGGGACUUCGGUCUUUUUGGUUUCUCAUCUUGCAGUGCUAUGCGUAGAUGAGAAUAUGCAUACUAAUGACUACAAAGGAAAUAUCACUCAGAAGACCAAAUCGAGGGACAUUUUACACAUUUCAAACGUGACUCUAUUCACGCUAGUAAACUUCACACUCUUUACUAUGUCCCUGACAUCUUUUCUGCUGUUAAUCAUUUCCCUAUGGAAACAUCUCAAGAAGAUGCAUCUCAACGGCAAAGGAUCCCAAGAUCCCAGCACCAACGUCCACAUAAAAGCCAUGCUAACUGUGGUCUCCUUUCUCUUGCUAUAUGCCGGUUACUUCCUGGUUCUAGUUAUGUUCAUUUGGACUUCUCUUAGGUUGCGGAAUGAACUGCUUCUCAUGCUUUGUGAUGCUCUUGAAAUGCUGUAUCCUUUAAGCCAUCCAUUCAUCCUGAUUUGGGGAAACAAGAAGCUAAGACAGGCCUUGAAAAAUAUAAGAAAGAUUAUAAGAUUACCAUACCAUUAG